AUGCUUCAAUACGCUGCUCCGAGCGCGCCUCAGCACUUCCCGACUGGCCCGCAUAGCACGGUCCACCACAACGACUUCGAGAUCGCACGACCUCCAUCUACAGCCUCACAUCACUCAUACGAGAGCAUUCGGCAGUCAUCGCUCAAUGGGCUGGGAGCAGGCACAGCUGGUGCAGGCAACGGAAGCAGCUCACUUUCUGCUCUAGCGGCGUGUGCUGCACAAGCCCCGAUCGCAGUAGCAAGUCAGGGAAGUGCUGAAGGAAGCACUCGAUCAUCCACCCCAAGCAAUAGCGCGCACAUGUCGACACAGCCUGCACACUUCUCGGCGCCUGCUUCAACCUCGUCAAAUGUCGCGCCUGUCUGCCAGAACUGUCAGACAUCGACGACACCGUUGUGGCGGCGCGAUGAGAGUGGUUCGGUCCUAUGCAAUGCCUGCGGCCUGUUCCUGAAGUUGCACGGUCGGGCCCGUCCAAUCUCGUUGAAGACGGAUGUCAUCAAGAGUCGGAAUCGUGUCAAGACAGCGGGACCCAAGAAGAGAGACAGCCAUGGUGGAGGCGACGGAAUGGCACAUGCUUCCAAUGGGUACCCGGCUGCACAUCCAGAUCUUGCCCAUGCUGGACACCAUCAGCACCCUCAACACCAUCAGCACGGUAUGCCUAUGGGCAUGAAUGGUGAGCACCACAGAGUCCCUUCUCCAGGCUCGGGCUCCAAUGGAGAUUCCAACAUCGGUCCGCACAACCCUAACAUCGCGCCACAACACAUCUUCGACACGGUGACAUUACCGCCAGACACGUUCGCCAGCCCUAGUCUGCCUCAAUUCUCGCUGCGCCAACCAAGCCCAUCGACCAGCGCACUGAACGGCAAUUCGACCAACCACAAUGAUGGUUCGCAAAGCUACGACGCGCUGAUCGAGCAGAACAAGCAACUGAGCACUCGCGCGAAUGAGCUGGAGGUGAUCAAUGGCCUGUACCAAGGACGAGUCAGAGAAUUGGAGGCACACGAAGAGGAGGCUAGGCGACAAACGCAGAGCCUGCAUGCAGAGCUGGCUGCGGCAAGAGCCAGAAUCGCCGAGUUAGAGGCCGAAGAUUCACCUGCAAGGAAGAGAGUCAAGAUGAACAACGACUUGGGCGACAGAAGUGGCAACAGUACUCCAGCUGUCGACAGUGGCGAUGGAACCAGCAUAUGA